UCGGUGAAAUUUGUUUUCCCGCUCUGAAAACCCUAACUACCUCUGAGACUGAGUUGAACUGGGAAGGGAAGCAAGAACGAAUGGGGCAGAAACAGCGAGCAAGUUCUUUCGAAGCGACAGUCGACAUCGAAGCGAAGAAACGACGACGUGUCGGUAUCGCAGCGAUAGAUGAUGGAGUUGAGGCCAAAGAUUGCAUCACAAUCUACCUAGUUUCAAGCAAGGAAGAAUUUGAUGCUCCAGAAAGCUUUGUCAUUAAUCCUGUUGAUUUGAAUAACCAUUUUCAUGAGGAUGGAAAAAUUUAUGGCUACGAGGGUUUGAAGAUUACCAUCUGGAUUAGCAGCAUAUCUUUUUAUGCAUAUGCUGAUAUUUCAUUUCUAAGUUCAUCUGAUCGAGGCAAAGGCAUCACAGAUCUAAAAUCUGCUCUUCAGACAAUUUUCGCUGAGACUCUUGUUGAUAGCAAGGAUGAAUUCCUUCAAAAAUUUAUGGUGGAUUACGAUUUUGUUAGAACAAACAUCUCAGAGGGAGAAGUUUUGAAGCACAAACCUUUCAAGGGGAACAUUUGUGAUUCUAAUCAGCAUACAGAUUCAUCUGCUUCAAAUGUUGAGGUUGUCCGUUUGCUGGCAGGAAACAUGGCUACUGGGCAACUUUACAGUCAUAUAAUACCCCUCACCCUACUACUGGUUGAUGGAAGCAGUCCUAUUGAUGUUACUGAUUCACAGUGGGAGCUGUAUGUUGUGUGUCAGAAGACAAUUGAUAAUCAGGGAGAGAUCCAAUGUAGGUUGAUUGGUUUUGCCGCUCUUUAUCGAUUUUAUCACUAUCCUGAUGAUUCCAGAUUGCGACUAAGUCAGAUACUGGUAUUUCCUCCGUACCAGCACAAGGGUUAUGGUCGAUUCCUUCUAGAGGUGCUUUAUGACGUUGCAAUAGCUGAAAAUGUUUUUGAUUUCACCGUAGAAGAGCCACUAGAUGACUUCCAACAUGUCCGCACUUGUCUUGAUACCCUUCGCCUGCUUCGUUUUGACCCAAUUCAGAAUGUAGUCACCAAAGCUGUUUCCCUUCUAAAGCAAGGAAAGUUAUCAAAGAAAGCACAUUAUCCUCGACUUUUGCCUCCUCUCAGUGCUGUGGAGGAUGUAAGGAAAAGUCUGAAAAUUAACAAGCAGCAGUUUCUCCAGUGUUGGGAGGUUUUGAUCUACAUUGGCCUUAAUCCUGUUGACAAGUACAUGGAGAACUUUGUUAGUAUUAUUUCCAACCGUGUUAAGUAUGAUAUCUUAGGGAAAGAUUCUGGGACCUCUGGGAAGCAACUUGUUGAUGUACCAAACGAUGAUAAUCAGGAGAUGUCAUUUGCCAUGUUCAGGUCAGAGCCCAACGAAGCUAGUAAUACUGUGCAAAUGGAUGACAAUCAGGCUAAUCAAGAAGAGCAACUCCAGAAGUUAAUUCAGGAAAGGGUUGAACAAAUCAAGUUGAUUGCGGAAAAGGUGACCCUGCAUCUUGGGAAUAAAGCCGAGUAAUUGGUUUUACUGUGGACCAACUAUAGUUUGUAUUUGUGGACAAUCACUCAGUAAGCAUUUGGGUUCUUUGUUGUAGCCUUUAUUUUAUGAUUCUUCUGUUGUAGGUUGUGAAGGACCAGUGAUCUAUUGAUCUGUAAUUACUGAGUUACUGAGAUUAACCACAGCAAAGUCGAUUGAUUGACAUUCAGUGGAGAGAUUGUCCACUUCUAA